GCAAGUACUAGGAUAUCGGAUGUCUAUACUUAUUGUACACCCGCCAAGUCUCGGGCUGAAGGCGGCGACUUCGAUUUACCCAGGCUUGACCCAGGCCCUUAUAAGAUAUCCCUUCAGACGACUGCAGGUCUGCUCCAUACUCACCUAGCCAUCGUCAGAAUAUGUGCAUCGAUGUUCACCACCAUUUCUUUCUCGACGCUCAAAAAAAGGCAAAGAAAAACUUGGAAGUAGGCUGGCGGACACCAGAUGAAAAUUUACCUUGGGGGCCACAGAUCAGUUUGGCCGCCAUGGACAAGCUGGGCGUUCAGACCGCGAUUCUUUCUCCCCCUCCGUUGUCAUCUGCUUCUUGUGGAGUGGAAACCCGAGCAGAAGUAAGGCAGCAGAAUAUUUAUGCAUCGCAAUUAUGCACCGAAUAUCCUAAAAGAUUCGGUUUUCUCGCUGGCCUCCCGUGCUUGGAUGACGUCGAAGGUUCGUUAGAGGAGAUCGCCUUCUCCUUUGAUGUGCUUGGUGCAGAUGGAGUGGCUCUGAUAUCUUGUUAUGGGGAUGGCGACUCUGCGAAGUAUGUCGCCGACGGCUUGUAUGAUCCUAUCUGGAAGGAAUUGAACCGAAGACGCGCCGUCGUGUUUUUGCAUGGUGCUCAGACACCUUCCUCCACCCCAUACCCUCAUCCUUGGCUUGGCUUGCCAAUUUCUGAGGUCCCCAACGAGACCUAUAAAGCUGCCGCCCACCUCGUGGUUAGCGGAAAGAAACGACGCUUCCCCAAUGUGAACAUAAUCCUCGCACACCUGGGCGGGAGCACACCAUUCCUUGCUGCACGUGUUGCCGCCCUUUCGCAUCACAUGGGCUGCCCGUUGACGCCGGACGAGAUCAUAGAAGAUUUCAAGAGCUUUUAUUAUGAAACUGCUCUUAGCGCACACGAAACGACGCUUACCGCAAUGGCGACCCUCGUACCGUCAGAUCGCCUCCUUUUCGGAACUGAUUUUCCAGCCGUGAGUACCAAGACGGUCGAGUGGUACACAAAGAACUUGAAAACCCAUUUCGCCGGCAGACCGCUAGACCUCGCCAAUAUCAUGUGUGAUAACGCCCUUAGGCUCUUUCCAAACCUAGGAAAAGCCAAAGUGGAAUGUCUAAGCGCAGGGACGCCAGGUCAAUGAUCAACUGCACGACGGGCCGCAAUGUACUGUGAAGUUGUGAGUGGGAGUCCAUGCAUUGAAGGCUGUACAAAGUGACGAGAUAUGCAAUAUAUCACGAUAAUUUGAUCUAAUGAUCUAAGGUAGCAGAAAAUGUAAAGAGACGUCUAAACACCGAGCCUGAGGCAAAAACAUCAACCCUGUCACGAAUGGACGAAAGGCAAAAUGAAACGUACCUUCGUU